AUGGAGCAAGAAAGCCAAGAAGUGCAACAGUUAGAAGGCUACCUUAACAACUAUCUGAUUAAGAAAAAGAUUGAAAGCUACGAGAAAGAAUUAAAAAUUGAAAAAGAACAAGAACAUCAAGCACAAGAGACAAUGGCAUACUACGAGCAAGCCUUGGAAAUUGCAAAAGAACGAAAAGAUCAAGAUCAGGAGACAAGUGCAUACCUUGAGUUAGGAGAUGCUUCUAGAUUGAACAAGAAGUUUGAAACGGCAAUUAAAUACUAUGAGCAAGCCUUGGAAAUUGCAAAAGAACGAAAAGAUCAAGAUCAGGAGACAAGGGCAUACCUUGGGUUAGGAAAUGCUUGUAGAUUGAACAAGAAGUUUGAAACGGCAAUUAAAUACCAUGAGCAAGCCUUGGAAAUUGCAAAAGAACGAAAAGAUCAAGAUCAGGAGACAAGGGCAUAUCUUGGGUUAGGAGAUGCUUGUAGAUUGAACAACAAGUUUGAAACGGCAAUUAAAUGCUAUGAGCAAGCCUUGGAAAUUGCAAAAGAACGAAAAGAUCAAGAUCAGGAGGCAAGGGCAUACCUUCGGUUAGGAGAUGUUUAUAGAUUCAACAAUCAGUUCGAAACGGCAAUUAAAUACUACGAGCAAGCUUUGGAAAUUGCAAAAAAACGAAAAGAUCAAGUUAGGGAAACAAAGGCAUACCUUGGGUUAGGAAAUGCAUGUAGAUUGAACAAGAAGUUCGAAACGGCAAUUAAAUACUGCGAGCAAGCCUUGGAAAUUGCAAAAGAACGAAAAGAUCAAGAUCAGGAGACAAGGGCAUACUUUGGGUUAGGAGAUGUUUAUAGUUUCAACAAUCAGUUUGAAACGGCAAUUAAAUACUAUGAGCAAGCCUUGGAAAUUGCAAAAGAACGAAAAGAUCAAGAUCAGGAGACAAAAGCAUACCUUGGGUUAGGACUCGUUUAUAGAUUGAACAAUCAGUUUGAAACGGCAAUUAAAUACUACGAGCAAGCCUUGGAAAUUGCAAAAGAACGAAAAGAUCAAGAUCAGGAGACAAAGGUAUACCUUAACUUAGGGCGUGUUUAUAGAUUGAACAAUCACCUUGAAACGGCAAUUAAAUACAAUGAGCAAGCCUUGGAAAUUGCAAAAGAACGAAAAGAUCAAGAUCAGGAGACAAAAGCAUACCUUGGGUUAGGAGGCGUUUAUGGAUUGAACAAUCAGAUUGAAACGGCAAUUAAAUACUACGAGCAAGCCUUGGAAAUUGCAAAAGAACGAAAAGAUCAAGAUCAGGAGACAAAAGCAUACCUUGGGUUAGGACUCGUUUAUAGAUUGAACAAUCAGUUUGAAACGGCAAUUAAAUACUACGAGCAAGCCUUGGAAAUUGCAAAAGAACGAAAAGAUCAAGAUCAGGAGACAAAG